AUGUCUGCAUCGCCAUGGGUAAUUACAAGCACCAAACGCAAGACCAAGUCUUUGACGCCACCAUCCCAAAAACGACCGCGACUCAACGGCAUCCAGGGCAAGUCCAGUACCAGUCGCCGGUCCCGAAACAGUCAACAGACGUUGACCCAAGCACAAUGGUUGACCCCUCCUACGAGUUUUGAGGAAGAGGACGGACAAUUUGCUGCAGAUGAGGGCGAGGGCCUGCGCCUCAGACGGGCAACAGAUUCCCGACGCACCGUGAAGAAGCGCAACUCGACUCUCACUCAGAUGGAUUUCUUCAGUUUUCCGCCUCCGGACAAUGCAGACUUUGACGAUACAUGGGUGCCACUGGUGGACGGAGGCAAUGACCCUCUUCCGCAGCUCGAUGGAACUUACGACAGCCCGAGAAGGCCGCGCAGGCAGAAAGCAGCCCCAAGUACGGCAAACACAUCGACGAAGAGGAAGAUUGCGCCCAUGCACGCAGAGAGUCAAGAAUAUAAACCUAGCACAAGGAAAAGGAAGGCAGAAGUUGAGGAUUAUGAGCCUUCAAGUUCCCGAAGACGCACCUCCAGGCGGCUGGCGUCGAGGAAUGAUGUGUUCUCUGAUCCGGUUCAGAACCUGGCUUAUUUUGAAGAGGCAUUGGGAACGAUUACGCCGAAGAACAACAAUGAUAACAACAAACCAAGAGGCACGCUAGGAUAUCCAUUGGAAAUCCAGGACUCGAACGAAACUGACGUCGACGACUUGGAUAUUGCCGGAUCAAUGCCACAAGGUCGAACACUGUUGCCGCACACACCGAAAAAGAACAGGGGAAUUGUGUUGUCAAGUCAGUCUCCUGAGAGCUUGCCUCCGAGCACGCGAAGGACCUGUCGAAAAAUAUCCGAGCCUCCAGCACCUUUUCAAAGGACACCGUUGGCCGAGCGCUCGGUGAACAUUCCACUUGGGCCGAAGUUGAAACUUUCCCCGGGCAAGUCACGUCGGGCCCCCAAGCGCUCUUUGAUGAAGACCACGAAGAAGAUUGUCACCUUGAGACUGCCCAAGCGGAGUCACCCUCGACAGCCCAAAUGUAUCGAAGAUUCCCAAGCAAACCUAUGGUCUAUACCUUCGUCUUCGUCGCCUCGUCAGCAAGGCAACCAAAUAGUUCAGCCACCCGCGGACGCCCAGGCGCCAGCCCAGGCGCCAUUGUACAUUGAAGCGCAGGACACUGAUGCAGAAAUCCCGUCAACCAGUCAGGCACAGGGUGUUCAGUCUAGCCCUACCAAUGUCGAAACUCAAACUCAAGACACCCUUCCAGAUAUCAGUGAGUUCAUUGGGGACAGGAGAGGUUUGGACGCACAAACGCCUGACUGUGCCAACUAUUCCCCUACGAAAAGCGUGAAUGCUAUGCGAGAUGAUUCAAAUCCUCUCGAACAAGACGGGGACUUCGAUGUCGAAGACAGCGACUUUGGUUCGCCCAUUGCCAAUGAUACACAGUUCAAUGUUGCAGUAGACCAUCGUGUCUCUUCUCCACCGCCCUUGGUGUAUCUACACCAGACGGAAAGCACAGCGACUGCUGGUCUGUUGCUGAAUCACUCUCCGACGGCACUUCAUCAGUCCCAACCAGGUCCAGAAGGGGAUGUUCUGAAUCCCGCCCUAAUCGAAGUUACAGUACCUUUGCAGCAACCAUUGCCAGUUCCACGAUUAGUUGAGCAGUCUCCUGUUAGAAGCCCACCAAAAAGAGUGCCGGAUAGUGAAGAUGACUCUGACGAGAUGGUUCUGCCCAAACCGGCGACACUGCAUCGGUCAAGCACUCAUGUCUCGACGACAAAGAUACCGCUGAACGACAUUGGGCAGCAAUCAUCUUCACCAUCUCUGCCCUCGACAAAAGCUGGAACUCCAAAAUCAGUCCGCCCGGCGUCGCUGCCACAUCCGUCCCAGAUGUCGACUCAAGAAGCAACGCAGGGAUACUUUAACAUGUUUUCCUACACGCCAGAGGACGGCGAACAAGAAAGUGACGAGUCCAAGGUGGAAAAGAUCACGAUUAAGGAUUCCAGUUCGUGCCAUAUCCCCAUGAGCCAGCUGCCUCAAUAUACCGGCGAAAGCCAAUCACAAGUCAACAUCGAUCUGGGACUUGACAAAGUCUUCACUGAUGAAGAUGAGGAAGAUGAGGAAGAGGGCGAUCUAGACCUGGAUCCUCCUACACUUUGCCCACAACCUGACUGUGUCUUGACGGAAGACCAGCAACUUGCAACUCAGCCUCAACCACGAGGACGGGGCCAAAAAGCGAAGGGGAAGGCCAUAGAGCCCGAAGAUGACAUCGACCACGAUGAACUUGGCGUCUCCCAAACUCAGGCACUGAAUACCAUGGACUCUUCACAAUCGAUAUCGAUACCCUCGUCUCCCAACCCUCCCCGACUCGAGAGACAAUAUUCUCCCAUUCCCGGCUUCAACAAUGAGACCCAGUCGAAUUUUACGCAGAACGGACAUGUCACGGCUGCGUAUAUCCACCGAAAACACGAGGCGGGGGUUUUGCCCAAGUGGUUCAUUCCGCAGCCUUAUCAAGUGCCUGGGUAUACGAGAAGAAAAUAG